UUCAUCUGUUUUCCUAACCUUAUUAUUUGACAAUGAAAAUUGAGGUUAUGAGAUUUAUCGUACAAUUUACUCGUAAAUUAUCAACUACAGCAAUAAAACAGUAUGCCGAACGAAUACCUCAACCCCUGCGAAGUACAAAAUCGAAAUCGGACAAAACCUCGGUUCAAUCCUUUGCCGACUUAAAAAGGGUACGUGUGGUUGGCGGUAAGGGCGGCGACGGUUGCAUUUCGUUUUUGCACCUGUGGUCGAACGAAAACGCAGGACCCGAUGGCGGUGAUGGUGGCAACGGAGGUCACGUGAUAUUUAAAGCGUCUAACAAUGCGAAAGAUCUGUCUAUGGUUACUAGCGUUUUACAAGCGGAUAAAGGUGAAAAGGGCUUCAAUAAGGAUUGUCAUGGGAAGAGUGCCGAUCACAACAUUAUCGAAGUGCCGAUUGGGACAGUCAUAAAGAAUUCUAAUGGAAAGGUAGUUGGCGAUUUAGGGGUGGAGGGAUUGAUGUUUAUUGCUGCCAGAGGUGGAUCAGGAGGCAAGGGUAAUCAUUUUUUUAUUUCCGACACGGAACAGGCGCCUAAAAUCUCGGAGUAUGGUGCAGAGGGCGAGGAUUUGCAAUACACUUUAGAAGUCCGUAGCAUGGCACAUUUAGGGCUGAUUGGGUUUCCUAAUGCUGGAAAGAGUACACUAUUGCGCGCAAUUUCACGAGCGCGCCCAAAAGUGGCGCCGUAUCCCUUCACCACUUUGAAGCCCUACGUUGGUAUGGUGCAGUACGACGAUUACGAGCAAGUGGCUGUCGCCGAUUUACCCGGACUCAUCCCGGAUUCGCAUAAAAAUCGUGGUUUGGGAAUACAAUUUUUGCAGCACGCGGAACGCUGCAUGGGACUGCUGUACAUUUUAGAUAUAUCCCUCGAUUCACCUUGGGAACAUUUUAGCACCUUGCAAUACGAAAUGGGACAGUUCAACAAAAAUCUUUUGAAAAGGCCCCAAUUAAUCAUCGCGAAUAAAAUGGAUUUACCGGAGGCGGAAGAAAAUUUAGCUACCUUUAGAAGUAAAACUGAAUUGCCAAUUAUAGCAAUUAGUGCUAAAUUAGGGAUUAAUAUUAAGGAAUUGUUACAUAAAAUCAGAGAGAUUUAUGAUGAAAAUAAAGAAAGUACUUCAUAGGUUUUUUGAUACAAUACUGGCCGGUUUAGAGUUACAUUAACCAGGUGACGCCCAUCUGGGUUGAGUGGUACGGUUUAUUGCAAUUACUGGGUUCUGUAAUGAACACGUUCUAAGAUUGUUUCCAUGGGAAUUUCUACAAACCAAUUGAACUAUGCCAUAGAGAUUUAGUAACCAUAGCAAUAACUUAUUAAAACUUCAAAAAUAUUUAGACACAAAAUAGACCAAAUCUUUUUGUAACAAUGAUAGAUUCCCAAAAUAAACGUUGCCAUCACAAGCACAUCGAGGACGUGAUCGAUGCAAGAAAGAAACUCUCUAAUUUUGACACAUAUGAAAACCCACCAAAACGCCGACCUUUAUCAGCACCUGUAGCUUCAAUCUCCAAAAAAUCGUCUUAUUGCCUACUCCACGACACUACAAACUGGUCGAAUGAAGCGGAUUUGGAACCGUCAGAUUCGGAAGUGACAAUUAUACGCAUUAAAAAAAGAGGUCUCCGUAACAGAACUUUGGAAAAUAAGUGGAAUUUAAAGGACCAGGCGAUACCCGGCGAUGGGACUCAUUUUGCCCGCAGCCCAUCGCUUAUAAACUUGGUCACAUUAGUUCGUCGUGGUUGUGGAAAUGCAAACGAGAGUUGCACGCAGGAAUAUAUGGUGCCUCUAUCAUCGUGGGAGCCUUAUGCGUUUGAUGAAAGCGACUGCGAAUCUUUGGCUGGGUUAGGCUAUACCGCUUUCAAGUUCUGAUAUUGCAUUUCCAUAGCCUUUGUCAUAGAAGGGAAUUUGAAAAACCAUGUUCAUUUCUGUAUUAGUAGAUUUUAUACACAGUAAAGGACUGUUUUGGUUUCCCAA